AUGGGUGUUUUGUACUCCAAGUUUUCAUCAUACCUCUUCCCGAAUAUCGAAUGUCGUACACUGAUGCUUGGACUGGACGGAGCUGGAAAAACGACGAUUCUCUAUAAGCUGAAACUCAACGAGACUGUUAACACGAUUCCAACCAUUGGUUUCAACGUGGAAACUGUUACUUUCCAAAAGCUCACUUUGACCGUUUGGGAUGUUGGAGGUCAACAAAAAAUUCGUGCUCUCUGGAAGUAUUACUUCCCGAAUACUACGACUCUUGUUUUCGUAGUCGACAGUUCGGAUAUUGAGAGACUUCCCGACGCCAAAGAGGAAUUGUUCAAUUUGCUCGCCGAGCAAGAACUGGCUGAUGCUCAGUUGCUUGUAUUCGCCAAUAAACAGGAUAUGCCCAACGCCAAAUCACCCGCCGAAUUGACUCAUCUUCUCGACUUGGGAUCAAUCAAGAACCGUGAGUGGUACAUCUGUGGAACGAAUGCACACACCGGUCAAGGCCUCUACGAUGGUUUGAUGUGGGUGAAGAAACAAAUGAAGGCAUAA